CGACACACACAGAGGUUAGAGACACAGAGAUGAGGGAGAGACAGAGAGACGGAGAGAGAGAGCGAGAGGAUAAAGACAGAGGCUGAGGAGAGAGGAGAGUGGCAGAGAGGAUGAGAAAAUGGGAGAGGGACCAAGAGAUAGACAUGCGUGAAAGAGCAUAAUGACCAAGUAGGUUAGAUAAAAUAAUGACUGUGAGUGGAGAGAGACGAGGUGGAUGAGAGUGGGAGAGUGGAAGAGAGAGUGGGAGAGUGGAAGAGAGAGGGGGAGAGUGGCAGAGAGCGAGAGAGAGAGAGAGAGAGAGGGUGGACCGACGGAGAGGGGGAUAGAUUGCACAAAGAGACAGACAGCAGAAAAAGGAUAGAGAAGAAAAAAGAGCGGGAGAAAGAAAGAGGGAGAGUGAGGGUAAAGUUGAGGCUGAUGGAUACAAAUACAGAUAUGAGAGGGAGGAAACGAGAGAGAGACAAGGUGGAGGCAGCAAGGGAGGUAUGAGAAAGAGCGAGGGAGAGAGCGAGGUGAAGAGAGAGAGAGAGUGAGAGAUGAGGGAUGAACAGGGAUGAGUGAGUUCACUGUUGUGGUAAAGAAGAGCCAUAGAGAGCGCUGCAGCUGCGAGAGAGCGGAAAACACACACACACACACACUAGCACACGCACGCCGCGGUGAGAGAGAGCGAGAGAGAGAGAGAGCGAGAGAGAGACGGAGUGAGAGAGAAAGCGAGAGAGACGAAAAAACACACGCUGGUGCCACAGCGAGAGCGCAUAGCGAGAGAGGGGGAUGCGUGUUUUUCUGCGCGCCACUGCUGGACACUGAGAAGGGGCGAGAGAGCGAGUGAGAGAAAGGUAGAGAGAGGAAUUACAGAGAGAGAGAGCGAGAGCGCGAGAGAGAGAGAGAGAGAGAGAGAAAGAGAGAGAGAGAGAGAGAGAGAGAGAAAGAGAGAGAGAGCGCCGGAUAGCAAGAUGUGACAGAGACCGCAAGUCGUGGAAGAAGCAUCCAGAAAAGCAGGUUGUUCACAGAGCUCUCCAGAACAACAAGAUGGACGACCGUGUGAAACACACACAGAGAGGUUGAACCUGCACUUCACACCUGAAUAAACAUACUAUAGCCACAGAAACAUUGAGAUAAAUACUAAAAACGUCUCCGGCUGCCGACACACCCUUCGAGAGAACUCUGGUCGGGGACGCCAUGAUAGGAGAGAGCGAGGAAGAAAAGGAGAACUGAGAGGGAGACACAGAGACGCAGAGAGAGAAGUGAGACACGAUGGAUCCUAUUGGUCAUGUGACAAAGUAGACUACCAACGCCUUUACCCAUCAUUCACGGUUUUAACUCCCUCUGCGCCAAGAUCACACUUUAGGAUUUUCCAAAGGGGGGGAAGGAGAAGGAGGUGAACACGGAACGACAGAAAACCACAGAGAGAGGAUAAAAAUAGGAUCUGGAGCGGAGCUGGAGAGCGUGUACCGGAGCUCUACUUGGGAAUACCGCACUGGGAACUACGCCGUGAUUCUGGAUUCUACUUUUUAUCUUUUCCUUCUUCUUCUUCUUCUGCUGCUGCUGCUCUGUUCCGAGCGGGAGCAGGGAGCUGGGAAGAACCAGGGCUUGGAAUUUAGCUGGUGUGCACCCUACUUUUCCCUUCCUUCUCCCUCUCUGACCUACAUCCCACGCACACAUUGUUUGAUGUGUGUGUGGCGUGGUGGUGUACCGACAACAGUAGGAUACCUCGUUUUUUUUUCUUCCAUACACAAACACACACACACAAACACACACACUGUUGACCCCACAAACGGAGGAACACCUGCAGUGAAAUCUGUGCCAAAGACACACAUAAGCCCACACACGCGCACACCAACACACAACAAUCUGGAUAACAUGUGGAGCUGAUUUGGACUCUGAGGUCACCCAGACAGAAAAGGUCUGUGGAUAGCCAGGCACUUUACCAUGCCUGUCCCCCUACCCCUCAACCCCAGCCGACGACACCACCCAUCCCACGCACACCUCCACACCAAGAGGCCGGCGGCGCUCUCCGCCCACCCCCCGCUCCUCGCCCCGUCGACGGCGCCGACGACACCUCCUCGCCCGAGCGUCGCCUUCUCCCUCUCGCCCUCCUCUUCGCCGCCCGCCUACCCCUCCUCGACACCGUCCAACCUCCUACACUGUGGCUGCCACAGCAGCGCGACGAAACAAGCGCUCCUGGUCUGCGCCCCGCUGCCAACCUUCCACUGGCUGACCCUGGUCACAUGCUGCCUGCUGCCCUCGCUGGUGGGGGCGGGGGAGACGUGGGGCAUGGUGUCCGUGUGCCCCGUCCACUGCGUCUGCCGCAACCUGUCCGAGUCCCUGAGCACGCUGUGCGCCGACAAGGGGCUGCUGUUCGUGCCGCCGCACGUGGACCGCCGCACGGUGGAGCUCCGGCUGGCCGACAACUUCAUCACCGAGGUGGGCGGCAUCGACUUCGGCAACAUGUCGGGCCUGGUGGACCUGACGCUGUCGCGCAACACCAUCCACACCAUCCGGCCCAUGGCCUUUGCCGACCUGGAGAGCCUGCGCUCGCUGCAUCUGGACGGAAACCGCCUGACGACAGUUGGGCCACGAGACCUCGCGGGAUUGCUCAAUCUGCAGCAUCUGAUCAUCAAUAACAACCAACUGGUGAAGGUCUCCACGGAGGCCUUUGAUGACUUCCUCCUCACGCUGGAGGACCUGGACAUGUCCUACAACAACCUCAGACGGGUGCCGUGGGAGUCCAUUCAGAACAUGGCCAGCCUCCACACGCUCAACCUGGACCACAACCUCAUAGACCACAUCGCCGAGGGCGUCUUCGGGGAACUGUACAAGCUGGCCCGGCUGGACAUGACCUCCAACCGGCUACGGACCAUGCCUCCCGACCCCCUCUUUGCCAGGUCCCAGACGGGUGCGAUAAGCCCCACCCCUUACAACAACGUGAUCAGUCUGAAUUUCGGCGGGAACCCCUUGCACUGCAACUGCGAGUUGCUAUGGUUACGGCGGCUGACCCGCGGCGAUGACAUGGAGACGUGCGCGACGCCGCCUCACCUCGCUGGAAGGUAUUUCUGGUCCAUCCCGGAGGAGGAGUUCACCUGCGAGCCGCCCCUCAUCACGCGCCACACCCACAAGCUGUGGGUGCUGGAGGGCCAGCGGGCCACCCUCAAGUGCCGCUCCAUCGGGGACCCCGAGCCCGUGGUGCACUGGGUGUCCCCCGACGACCGCAUCGUGGCCAACUCCUCGCGCACCAGCUCCUUCAGCAACGGCACGCUGGACGUCCUUGUGACCGUCGCCCGCGACGACGGCACCUACACCUGCAUCGCCAUCAACGCGGCGGGCGAGGCGACCGCCGCCGUGGACCUGAAGAUCAUCCCGCUGCCCCACAGAGGAGGGGGAGGGGGAGGGGGAGGGGGAGGAGCCGGGGGCGGGGCCGGCGGAGUGCAACCCGGGGCCGGCGCCGGCGGUGGCGCCCGGAGCAACGGGAACGCCACCGGUGGGAUUAUACGCGCCGACCCGGGCUCAUCGGACAUCAGCACGGGGAAGAACGGCGGUGGGAUUAACGCCAACAACGGGGCCGGGGGGAGGCCUGGCGAGGACGAGGGCGUCGACGGGGGGCGGACCACGGGGGACGGCGGCGCCGACCGGGAGCAGACCGGGAGCUUAGAGGAGGAGGAGCAGGGGGAGGACGAGGGGGAGGACGAGGAGGAGGGGAGGAGGGUCGGCGUGCAGGCCGUCACCUCCACCUCGGCGCAGGUGCGCUGGGACCUGGGGCGCGCGGCGGGCAACUACGUGGUGUGGAUGUACCAGAUCCAGUACAACUGCACCGUGGACGAGACGCUCAUCUACAGGAUCCUGCCUUCGUCGGCCGACCGCUUCCUGCUGAAGAACCUGGUGUCGGGCGUGGACUACAACCUGUGCGUGCUGGCCAUCUUCGACGACAGCGUGACGUCCCUGGCCGCCACCAAGGUGCUGGGCUGCGCCACCUUCGCCACGCAGGACGUGUACCCGGCGUGCCGCUCGCUGCAGGCGCACUUCCUGGGCGGCACGCUGACCAUCCUGGUGGGCGGCGUCGUCGUGGUGACGCUGCUGGUGUUCACCGUGGCGCUGAUGGUGCGCCACCGGGUGUGCAACCACGGCGACCACCUGCUGUGCCACGACGGCAACAGCGAGGCGGCCGCCGGGAUGUGCUGCCAGUCGGGCGGCGGCCUCGGGGACAAGGGCGGGAACUGCGGGGGCGUGGGCGGCGGCGGCGGCUUCUACCAGUCCAACGGCUCCGGGGACGUGAUGAUGGUGGUGCUGCCCAACGGGCUGCCGGCCAGCUGCGGCGGCGGCGGCGGCGGCGGGGAAAAGCAGAUGGAGAAGGACAAGGAGAGCGCCGAGGCCGCCGGCCCGCUGCCCCCCAAGAUGCCCCCCAAGCCGCGGCCCAAGGCCAAGGUGAACUUCGACCAGUUCAUGUCCACCGGCGGCGGCGUGGUCACCGCGACGACCGGCUCGGGCGACAAGCUGGCGCUGGUAGUGCGGCAGCGGAAGCUGGAGCGCGUGCCGCCGUACACGCCCGAGAUGGAGCGCACGCCGCUCUACUACGCCCCCUCGCCGCCCACCACCCUGCCCCGCCCGUCCCGGGACCGGCCCAGCCCGCGGCUGGAGCGCCAGCUCACCAACCGGGCCAGCUUCUCCCUCACCGUGCCGCUCAGGGACGCCGGCCUGGCCGAGUGGCAGCUGGCGCACCCCCAGCGCGGCGCCGCCGACCGCUGGAACUCCUCGCGGGCCUACCAGAGCCCCACCUCCCCGCCCAGCCCCGCCGCCGCCGCCGCUGACUACGGCGCGGCCGCCGCCAGGCUGAGCCGCCGCCGCCACUCCCUGGACAUGGGCUCCUCCGUGGCGCUGGCCACCGCCGACGCCGCCGCCGCCGCCGCCAAGCGCUACGGCGCCGUGCGCUACGCCAAGCGGCUGAGCGUCAUCUGGACGCGGCGGAGCCAGUCGCUGCACGGCCUGCUGGUGCACUGCGCCUCCACCACCAGCACCGCCUCGUCCAACGGCAGCGACGAGGGCGGGGGGGGGGGCGGGGACCAGUUCGGGGGCGCGCACCACCAGCUCCAACGGGGCUACAUCCACGCCUACAACACGACCAACUCAAACUCCAACGCGGCCAGAGCUGACCAAUCGGCAGCCGGCAGGGGAGGGGCCAAGAGGGCGCGAGGGAGGGGAGGGGGGGAGGAGCUGGAGGAAAGUGUGGUGUAAGGAGGACGCGAUGGAGAAGAUGUGAAAGGCCCGACAGAGGUAGCAGCCAGGGGCAUGAAGGGUAUAGGGCAGUGCAGGGGGAUGCAAGGGGCGGUGUGGGGGGAGAGAGGGACAGAGAGGGGUUCAUGAGGUCAGUGCUAAAGAUAGUGGGAGAUUGGAUUGGUUAGCCUUGCUCGUCAGGAUAAAACAAACGAGAAAAUGGAGGAUAAGGGGCCAUUGAGGGUGUCCUUUUAUUCGGCCCCAGGCAAUGGCUUGAAAUACUAAAUAAAUAGACGGAAAGACAUGACACGUAAGAGCGGUUCACUGCUACGGCUACAAGACAGUCGCAAAAUGGCUUUCAGAAGUAAAAAGGCACGAAAACAAAAACAAACAGGGUGUUGGUGAGGGAGAAUACAUCAAAUCAAAAAAAAGAAUUCAAGGGGUGGACAAUAUCAAUUUGGCAGCAACAUAAAAGAGGGCGGUUAGACCGGAGAGAGAGUGUGGUGCGUGUGUGUGCGUGGGUGAGAGAAAGGGAAAGCAUCAGCUUGGAUCUGAGUAAAGCUCGUACAUUAAAAGAACGAGACACUGGCCAGCUACUGUCUGCUCUCUGGAGUCCCAGCCAGACAACAACAAGGGUUUACAGGGGAUCAAAACAACAGGGCAAAUAACAAAAGUUGGAGAAAGCCCACUUUCUGUCAACAAACAUGAAGCUCCUCUGGACCACAUCAUUUUUGUCAGUUUCGCUUUUUUUUUUUUUCUGUCAACCACCGCGGUCGUCAGAAACUCCUUUCCCCUGACGAGCAGCUUGGCGGAGGUUGGGCGCUGCAGUGGGGGUGUUUUCGGAUUUUGUUGUUUUCCAUGAGGAAGGUAAAAAAAGAGCACAAGAUCAUGGAGGACCAUCGAUGGUGGACAGGAAGUUAACACAGCCCGGUCGCACUGAGACAUCAUUAAAGGGAGACCAGAGAUUUGGAUUACCGAGGAAUCUAUAUGGAUUAUACGGCCUAAGACCCCGCCCUGUUUCUGAUUUGACAAGGUGAGCCGGCCAUGGAUUGAACAAUCAACGGAACAAAAUAAUGUGUUUGUGUGUGUGUACGUGAACACGUGUAUGCAACAAAUCCAUUGGGGUUUUGAUCACCGCGUCGGAGUGGAAUUGUACUUCCUGUUUUCUGGAUGAAAUGAGUAUCGUGAAUCUUGAUCAUGACAAAAACGGCCAACCAGUGAGUUGCUGAUGGAUGUAUGGCGAGCCACCAAAGGGAUUCAUGCAAGGAGAAAAAUGUUCACUGCCAGGGAAUACAAAAAAAUGAUGUAUAUCAGUUCUGGCCCUGCGCUUCGGUUCACCAAGUAUUCGGAAAAAACGGCCAGACGACGCAAGGAGGCGGAUUCUGACCACAACCAUUUUUGUGACAUCACAAAUUCCAUUGUGCCAUGUGACUUCACUCGUUCAUCCCCACUCUGGAGAUGCUGAGCGACAACACUUGAAGGAACUAAUGGUGAGCAUCGGGGGGAAGAGCUCUCACGGGGACCUGGAGAGACUUCGCUAAGGGGACACAUCAGCAAAGAGCACACAAAAGUAUUCAUAGUUAUAUAUACCAAUAUAAGCAAAAACUAACUGGAAAAAAAAAUCGACGUUACAUGUCUGGCUAUGUGUUUUUCUGUUGUUCUUUUCUGGUUUAUGGAGGAAUGUUAGAAUCCAAUAAAAAUGUGAGGAAAAAAACGCAAUCAUCCAUGAUUAGAAGAGAAAAUAUUGAUUAUAUAUAAAUAAAAAGAACAAAAAAUACCAGAAUACCGUAUAUUUUUCUGUUUAAGUUAAAGGGCCCCAACACCCAGGUGAGGGGAGUGUGAAUCCAUUCAAAGCCAUUUCAAAAUUGUCCAAACCUUGUGACUUGAUGAUAUCACAAGUGGUUGGUUGAACCUAGACGUAUGAUGGAUAGAUAAGCCUAACGCCUCAUGCCCACUGCACCGAGAGUCAAAGGACUCAGAAGGCGUGGAUGACGGAUGGGGGAGCUUUCCAGGGUCGUCAGAGCCCGAG